AAAAAGCUAAAGAAAGGAGACCCAAGAAAUCAACUAUGACCGAUGUUAACAUUAACCUCCAGUGCACUGAGUGCUACCAUCGUCGAGGAGUCCUUUACUACGCAAAUCCUUUGGCUUGGGGACGUCCUUGCCGUCAAUGCCGUAGAAUGAUGUCCAGGAACGUUGUGGUGGUGCCCACUCAGAACGGAGUUCCAGUUGUCACCAAUAAUCCCACCACCAGGACGACAACCACUUUAAUUCCAGUCACUGUUUCCACCUACUGAAACAGAAGAAUAUCUUUAAGUCUAUUAAAAAAAUAUAAUCAAGCAAAACU